UAAAAACUCAGAGAAGAAGAAGGAGCUUCCUUCAAGCUUGCAUCCGCACCAGAGCUGCGUUAAACACGGUUAAUAUUCCUGCAACACAGAGAACUUCAGCGAAGCAAUCAUCAUGCCUAUGUUUUUGGUAAAUACUAAUGUGGCGAAGAGUGACAUUCCGCCUGCACUGUUGUCUGAGGCCACAGAGGAACUGGCCAAGGCGAUGGGCAAACCUGUGCAGUACCUCGCUGUGCACAUAAUCCCAGACCAGUUGAUGAUGUUCGGAGGGAAAGGAGACCCCUGUGCCCUCUGCUCCCUUCACAGCAUUGGAAAGAUCGAAGGAGCUCAGAAACAGUACUCUAAACUACUGUGUGGACUGCUCAACAAACACCUGGGCAUCUCCCCUGACAGGAUCUACGUGAACUUCUUUGACAUGGAGGCAGCAAAUGUGGCCUGGAACAACUCUACCUUUGGCUAAUCAGGGGAUCUAAACUUCAAUGGGAGCUGACCCCUCCUUUCCCCCACACCUUAAUAACGGUAGUACAGCAUUAGAGUAGGCUGUGGAGAGAUGAGCAGAGAUGCCCAGUUGCUGUGCUGACGUAGAGCAGCAUUGAUAAAUGCACUUAAAUGGACCCUUGCUUUAUAACAGACCCUUGAUUUGCACUGGACCCUUGGCUUUGAUGUUCCAAUAAAGUGAUUCCCAUUGAUUA